AUGUCAGGCAGAUUUGCUUUCAACAAGGGCUUGAAGGAGGUCCGCUUCCUGUUCUGCCAGACGGGCGAGCACAGCGCUGCCACAAGAUCGUUCCUCCUCCGAAACUACCCUGCCAUGAAGAAGGAUAACCCGGCGACACCGAUUUUGAUUCGAGAUGCGUCCGGCACGCUACCCAAGGUCUAUGCGAGAUUCGAGUUCGGUAAGGAGAAGAGUCAGUCGCUGGAAGGUCUGUCCGACCAGCAAAUCGAGGAGACGGUAUCAUCCCUCGUCAAGAACAAUUCUUGA